AAGCACCCGCGAUGCUCCGUGGACCGGGUGUGAUCGAUCGUCUCUGGUAUCGAUCAUGCGGCUCCUUCUCUGGUGCGUGUGCGCCGCAGCGCUCCACGCCGCCGCUCAGCACCCUGCGGACCGGGAGGAGGGCGGCUCGCAGCCCGGCCGGAGGGCGGCUCUGAGCGGCCCUCGUGCCUGUGGGGGGCGCUGUUGUGUCGGCUGGACGUUGUCGCCCAGAACCGGACGAUGCACCAAACCCAGGUGUCUUCCUCGUUGCCUUAACCUGUCGUCGUGCCGACAGUCAAACCGCUGUGUGUGUCGACGAGGUUUCCAUGGUGACCGCUGUGAGUUUUCCUCGCUGACCGGCGUCCGUCUCCUCAAAUCUCCCAUCAGACCUGAACCAGGAGCUGCAGAACCGAAUCCACCUGAGGCCCUCAAGAAAGAGAAGGCUGCUGAGACCCCGAACACACAGGAGGAGAACCAAGCCGCCCGUCCACAGACAAGAGACACAGAGGAGGAGGAGGGAGCCAGAACUGCAGAGUUCAAAACAGGAACUCCAAAGGAGAAAGAGGAACCCUCACACUCCUCUAAAUCCCCCUCUGAGGACCCAUUGAAGUCCUCUCGAGACCUGAACCUGGAGACCAGGUCCAGAACAGAGAACACAGUGACGUCCUCUAGAGACCUGAACCUGGAGACCAGGUCCAGAACAGAGAACACAGUGACGUCCUCUAGAGACCUGAACCUGGAGUCAAGGUCCAGAACACAGGUCCCAUUGUUAUCCUCUAGAGACCUGAACCUGGAGACCAGAUCCAUAACACAGGGGCCAUUGUUAUCCUCUAGAGACCUGAACCUGGAGACCAGGUCCAGAACAGAGGGCCCAUUGAAUCUGGACUCCAGACCUGAUCCAGAGCCUGAUCCUGGACCGAGAGGACGGGAAGGUGUGCAAGGAGAGAAGAAGAAGGAGGCGAGGACGCAGUCGUUGAGUCUGAGGGAGGCCCAGCUGCUGAGGAAGACUCUGUCACGGGGAGGAAGAGGAGACAAGAUGGCCGCCCUGCUGAUGAAGCACAUCGAGAAGGAGAGGAAGAAGCUUCUGAGUGUGACCUCAUCUCCUCACUCUUCAUCCUCGUCAUCCUCAUCAUCAGUAAAAACCAGCGUGAAGACUUUCUACACUCAGAAGGGCCAGUACAGAGUCCAGGUCGCUGCUGAUGGACAGACGGUCUCGGGAGGCGGAGCCGUGGAGAGGGUCAAGGUGAUGUUCACGCCCACUGUCUGCAAGGUGCGCUGCAGCCAGGACCGAUGUGUCAACUACUGCGAGCGAGGCAACGUGACCACGCUGUACAGCAGCGACGGAGGAGGAGGAGGAGGAGGAGGAGGAGGAGGAAGGAGGGACAGUUCCCACGGACUGGGCUUCAGAGUCUUCCUCUGUCCUCUGCUGUGUAAGAACGGAGGCGUCUGCCUGCAGAAGGACCGCUGUCUCUGCCCGCCCAACUUCAGUGGGAAGUUCUGCCAGAUCCCCGUUGCCCCCGUGGCCCCCCCCGCAUCGUCCUCCUCAGGCUCCACCAAUGAGAUCGUCAAGCCGGCGAUGCGCUCCGCCUUGGCGGACAAUCAGGAGCUAACCCAGUCUGAGUUCCUCCUGCCGCUGGGUCAUAACCAGGAGACAGGGAUGUCUGGAGCUCCCGGCCCGUCCAUGGUGACGGUCAGGGUUCAGCACCCCCCCGAGGCCAGCGUGAACAUCCACCAGGUGCUCAAGGUCUCCGGGUCCAGUCCCGCCCUCCGGACCCUCUCCUCCUCCUCGGGGUCGGCGGGCGCUCCGGCUCCGGCAGUCGGGGGGGUCCAGGCCCAGACGGUGAGGGGGGGCGGCACGUUCCCCCAGCCGACCAGCUUCAAGUACUGCUUCAGCCAGGUGACAGACGGGCAGUGCAGCUCUCCCCUCCCUGGUCUCCGCAGCUUGGAGAUCUGCUGUGGAGGAGUUGGUAAAGCUUGGGGGACGACUGACUGUGUCCUCUGUCCUGAUACUACAGGUAAAAGAUGCCCUGUUGGCUUUAAGGGAGCCAACGGAACACAGUGUGUUGAUGUGAAUGAGUGCCUCCAGCCGGGGCUGUGUGAGAACGGGCUCUGUGUGAACACCAGAGGGAGCUAUAGCUGUGUGUGUAGGGCGGGGUUCAUCCUCGACGCCUCCAAUGGAAUCUGCAUCUCCCAGACUGUGAUAUCCCAGGAGAAGGGCCAGUGUCACCGGGUCCUGGGUUGGGGUCUGGGUCCGUCCUCCUGCUCGCUGCCCAUCCUCAGGAACAUCACCAAACAGAUCUGCUGCUGCAGCCGAGUGGGCAAAGCCUGGGGGCCCGAGUGCCAGAGGUGCCCCUACUUUGGUUCAGUGGCCUUUAAGGAGAUCUGUCCAGCCGGUCCUGGUUACCACUACUCGGCUUCGGCUCUGCAGUUCAACCAGAGAGUCAACGAGCAGCUGGGGAGCCGAGGAGCUCAGCUGGUCACCCAUGGCCACCAGGAGAGCCAUGGUAACCAC